AUGAAAACCAUAGCUCAACCAUGUCCACAACCUCCUGGAGCAGGAGAGCCCGAGUACCCACUACUGCCUGAUGCGCAGUUUCUCAAACACAAUCCUCUUCUGGACUAUCAUGAUCACAAUGCUGACUCAGGCGAGGGAGCCCUUCCAGUGCCAGAGAAUGUCAUGUUCCCGGGUGCGAUGACAGCUGAUCCACGAACAGCUGGAAGUGAUGACGAUGACGGUCAGUUUUUUAGCCAGUAA